AUGAUUAAUAGUAUCAUAUCAACUUUUCCACCAUUUAAGACAAUAUCGUUCAAUCUUCCGUAUACCUCAACUAUAAAAGAUCUUGAGAAUUAUUUGUCAGCACUUUUUCCUCCUGGAAAUUAUUUAUUAUCACAUCUUUCUGGAAAAUUAGUUUAUCCUGAAGAUACUUUAGCAUCUUUAUUAGAUCGCUAUAAAUAUCCAAAUAAUGCUAAAGUAUGCAUGUUUAGAUAUGUUCCAAAGGUUUUUGGAGGAAAAGGUGGAUUUGGAUCCCAACUUCGUGCUGCAGGUGGUCGAAUGAGUAGCCGAAAAAAACGUGGUGAAGAGGAAAAUAAAUCAAGUUGUAGAGAUCUAAAUGGAAGGAGAAUACGGACUAUAAAUGAAAAAAAAGCAUUGAUUAAAUAUUUAGAAACUGCUCCUAUACGGAAACGUGAAAUUUUGGAAGAACGAAAACAAAAGCUUGAAGCAAUAAUUGAUGCAGAGCCUCUUUCUAAAAGAAUAAAAUUUGAAGAUAAUGAAUUUUUAGAGAAAAGUGAAAUAAUAAUUGAUGAUGUAAAAAAUGCAGUAAAAUUAGCAAUGCUAAAAAAGUCAAGACAUAUUUCUCAAGACUCAUUAACAAAUAGAUUUAACAAGAAGUCUCAAUCACUAAAUUCUAAUAGUAAAGAGAAUUCCAAUCCUAUGUAUUCGGCAAUAUCAUGUUCAUUGGCUGAUAAAAUUAAUAAAAGAUUUAAUAAAUGGGAUCAAGACAAUUCUCUUUCUGACAAUGAAGAUGAUAUUCAUGAAACUAAUCAAUACGAAAAUGAAAGCACUAAGGGAAAUUAGAAAUUUGCUAAAGAUUAAUAUAUUACGCGU